AUGAGUGCCUCAUCAACAACAACACCACAUCUAAUGUAUGAUGCUGUACCAGUUUUUACUCCAACUAUGGAGGAGAUGAUGGAUUUUACUGGAUACAUUGAACGAGUUGUGGAUCCUGCCUGUAUGUAUGGUGGUAUUUGCAAAGUAAUUCCUCCAAAGGAAUGGAAAGCCAAUAGUUAUAAUAUGGAAGAUAUUGAUUUUGAAAUUGCAACACCUAUCAGACAAUAUGCAGACGGAGCAAAAGGUGUCUUUCAAUUAUAUUUAGAAGAAAGUAAACAAACAACAUUUAAAAGAUGGUACAAGUCUGUUACCGAACGUGCUCCUCCAAUACCAGAUAAUAUAACAGAUUUAGAAGAACAAGUCGAUUUUAUGGAGAGAAAGAUUUGGAAGAAUAUUGCAUUCCGUGCUCCUCUCUAUGGAAGUGAUUUAUAUGGUUCAUUGUUUGAUGACCCAAAGACUCCUUGGAAUUUAAAUUAUCUCGAUUCAUGUCUUUCUAAAGUAUUAAAAAGACAAGGAAGUAUACUACCAGGUAUCAAUGCACCAUAUCUAUAUGUAGGAAGUUAUAAAUCUUGCUUUGCUUGGCAUUGUGAAGAUUUGGAUUUGUACAGUAUUAAUUAUAUGCACAUUGGAAGUCCAAAGGUUUGGUACACAAUUCCCUUCCCAUAUAAGAAACAAUUUGAAGAAUUAGCCAAAAAGUACUUCCCAGAGCCAUUUAAGGGUUGUUCACAAUUUCUCAGACACAAAACUACAGUAAUUUCACCAUUCACAUUGAGAGAGGUUGGUAUUAGAACAACUCGUGUGACUCAAUUGCCUGGUGAGUUCAUUAUUACACUUCCUGGAUCAUAUCACCAAGGGUUUAAUUGGGAUAUUAAUGUUAAUGAGGCUGUAAACUUUGCUACUAGGAGAUGGAUUGAUAUUGGAAGAAAUUGUUUAAGAUGUACUUGUGAUCCUGACACUGUGAGAAUUAAUUUGGAUGGUAUUGAGGAAUAUCUUGAUGCAGAAGAGUCUCUACAUGUACAUGCUGAUCAUGCCAGUAUACUGCCUCAUGAACCAACAGAUAUUCUCGAUUGUGAUCCAUCAACACUCCAAUACUAUGACCCUCAAUUUGCUAUGGAUCCUACAGAUCCAUCUUAUCCACUCUUUUUAGCAAAUGCAGGGCUAGAUAUUGCUCCUGUUCCACAUCAAAUGCCAAAUCCAGGAAUGAUUUCAAAAUACUAUGACGAAAUGAAUGCAUCCUACAGUUAUCCAUAUAAUAUCCCAACUAAAGUUUUUAAUCAUGAAAUUGAUAUGCCAAUGCUUUCCAAUAUUAAGAGUGAGUUUGAUGAUUUUCCAAUUACAGAAUAUAAGGUAGUCUCAAAUGAUGAAAAGUGUAUCAAGAUUAAAAUCACAACUAAUGGAGCUUUGGAGGGAGUAGAAGAACAAGAAGAGGAAGAGGUUGAGGAAGAGGAUGAAGAAGAAUAUGUACCAACAAAGAAAAAGAGAUCAUCGAGAAAGAAGGUUAAGAAGGAAAAGAAAUCAUCCAUUUCGAAACAAUAUAAAACUAGGAAGUCAACUACUACCACAACUGCAACUGCUGUUGCAACAAUUACCACCACUGUAACUCCUCUUACUUGCUCCACCAUUUCGAAAUCUCAUCACCAUCCUCUCUUUGCUAGGUUUUUCUCUAGGUCCAGACUUUUACGAAAAUAAAUUUAGUUUUACUCA